GAGACACCGGCACCGCCAGACCUCCAGAUCUGAGCUGGAGCGGGGUAGCUCACUGACAAGGCAGACAGAGCUGAUGCGGGAAUUUUAACAGUAGGUUAAGUACAGAUAAGAAAUGCAUAAAAAAAACAUUGAGCAGAUAUUUCCAAGCCUACAGGCAUAUAAAAAGCCCAUGAUCUUGGCAACGUCAGCUUUUAUUUUAGUAUUAAAUAACUCUCAAGGUUGAACUAUUUUUACCGCCCUUGUAAGAGAUUUGCAACAGGCGGGUCACCAGGAGAGUGUGACAAGUAAAAACGUGCGCGGCUUCCCAGUGAAGCGCGCUGCUACACUCGUGACGAUCGACGCUGCGGUUUGUGCGCUAAAAUGCCUGGUCCGCAUUUCCUGUGGCGUGACACCGAUCUUGUUUUCGGGAAGUCGGGCGGCACGCGCGCGCUGUGUGUCACAUUCAGGCGAUCCGCGGUGUUUCCAGCCGCGCACCAGCCGUCGUCAGCGGCUGAGAGUCACGGCCAAAGAGCCUGACGCCGUGUGAGGCAGGGCACGGUAUCGAUCGCAGGCACGUGCCGGCUACCGCUCCGGGGCCGCCCAGGUGAACGACGCCAGGUGGAGGCCCCGUGCACCGGCGGCGCGGCGCCCCGCCCCCGGCCACCUCCAACUGGCUGCCUGAAGGAGCGGGCGGCGACUUCAGCCAAUCGGCGGCCGACUUGGACAUGACGUCAGCGGCCGCCAAAGACCGCCGCUGCCGGGAGAAAAGUGUGGCGGCGGCCGGGGAGCCGUCAUACCGCCGUGGCAGCGCCCCGCGAACGUGCCUCCCUACCGCCGCCGCCGCCGCUGCCCGCAGCCGGAUGAGUGCCAGCGUACUGGCGCCGUGCACAGGUAUGGGGAUCAGCCAGGUGGAACGGUUGGGCGGAGGGCCGCCGGUGAACAAUGCCGUGCUGCGAGAGAUUCUGGGCCGGGGCGGGGCGGGCGCGGGCCGGGACGCGGCGCGCCGCUUCUCCGCCAGUCCGCCACCGGACGAGGAGGGUGCAGACCACGCCGCGGCCGCCCACCGAGACAUGCACAGCCAGCCGGGCUCGCCGGCCGGCGACAAGAAGUCGCGGCUGGAGAGCAUCGUGUCGGGCAUCCAGCCGGCGCCGGCCGGCUCACCGUUGCCGGUCAACGGCUGCAAGAAGCGCAAGCUCUACCAGCCGGUGCAGCACGAGGCGGCGGUGCGCGCCAGCGGCAGCGAGAGCGAGCCAGAGCCGGAGCCGGAGCCGGAGCCCGAGCCCGAGACGCAGCAGGAGCCGGAGCCGGAGCCGCAGGAGCACGUCAUCCACAGCCAGCUGAAGACGGUGCGCAGUCAGCUGGCGCUGAUGCAGGAGCGCUACGCGCAGCUGUACAGGGAGCAGGCCGAAUCGGAUCGGCGCCGCGCCGCGCCGCCCGAGCCGGAGCCGGAGCGGCCGCGGCCCGACGACGCGCCGGCCGGCAGCUUCAUCGACUACGCCCGGCGCGUGCUGAGCGCCGACCUGCGCAACAAGGAGAACGAGCGCGGCGAGCGGCCGACGCGGCCGGCCGGGCCCGGCCGGCCGCUUACCGACGUCCAGGGCCUGGCCGACACGCUCAAGGCCGAGCUGGCCUCGUCGCUGACCGGCCUGGUGGACUCGAUCGUGGCGCGCUGGGCGCAGCAGCGGCGCGCGCAGCCGUCGCCACGCGCCGAGAUCCUGCGCCGCAUCAGCCAGCACAACGGCCGCUUUCCGGCGCCGUUCGGCGGCGCCGACGGCCUGCCGUUCGGCCUGGGGACGCUGCGGCCGCCGGCCGGCCUGCCGCCGCUCUACCCGCCGCACAAGGCGUUCGCCGGCCUCGGCAGCCCGGCCUACGGCGGCUACGGGCUGCCGGCGUUCUGCGGCUCGCCGCAACAGCAGGAGCAGGAGAGCCCGCUGAGUCUGGUGGUGACGCCCAAGCGGAAGCGACAGAAGUUGAUGGACGAGCGGCCGGGUGGCGAGCAGGACUCGCCGCCGCCCGGCUCGCUGGCCACCGCCGUCGCCGUGCGCAACCCGGGCCUGCCCGAGUCGCCGUUCCUGGCCGGCUACAGUCCGUACUACGGCGGCCGGCCGGGCAGCCCUCGCGGCCGCCGCUCGGCCAGCCCACCCGGCCGGCCGGCGGCGCUGCUGCACCCGGCGCUGCUGGCCGCCGGGCGCCGCUCGCCGCCCGACGCGCGCGUCUUCCGACACGACACCCCGGACCGAUCCGACUGCAACUCGCUCGACGGCGGCUACGAGGCGCAGCACGGCUACCUCGGCAAGAUCGACGUGCGCUCCGGCCUCUCGUUGACCUCCGACUUCUCGUCGACGCUGACGCCAAUGCACCUACGGAAGGCCAAGCUGAUGUUCUUCUGGUCGCGCUACCCCAGCUCGUCGGUACUCAAGUCGUUCUUCCCCGACAUCAAGUUCAACAAGAACAACACUGCGCAGCUUGUGAAGUGGUUCAGUAAUUUCCGGGAGUUCUUCUACAUCCAGAUGGAGAAACACGCGCGCCAGGCGCUGAGCGAGGGCGUCAAGAGCGCCGAGGACCUCAGCAUCACGCCCGACUGUGAGCUACUGCGCGUCAUCAACCUGCACUACAACAGGAACAACCAUAUCGAGAUCCCGCCCAACUUCCCGCCGCUGGCGGAGGCGGCGCUGCGUGAGUUCUUCCGCGCGCUGCAGGCCGGCAGGGACGCAGAGCCCAGCUGGAAGAAGGCCAUCUACAAAAUCAUCGCGCGCCUCGACGAGAACGUGCCCGAGUACUUCCGCUCGCCCAGCUUCCUGGAGCAGCUAGAGUGACGCCUCGGGGCUCCCGAGGAGCCGCCGGAGCUCCUGAGGAGCGCCGGCCCGAGCUGCGGCCGCCGCGGCGAGCGCAGCUCCUCCCUGGGGGAGGUCGUGCCUUGUGUUGUACAUAGCGUAGAGGCCGGGGUCGCAACCCCAUCAGAACGUGAAUCCGUGGCCAUAGGGACCUGUACAGAGCGUCAUCGGCACCCCGUUCACGCGCGCCUGGCCGCCGCACGAGUCCACUAGUCGAGAGCGAGAGCGCGCCGUCCGACCGGCGACACCCAACUACGUCAUGUCUAGUCACAAAGCCCGGCGCGCGGGCGUCCUCAGAGCGACGCCGGCCGGCACCGGGCCAGGCCGGCUCGGCCCGCCGCUGCCGCCGCCGCCGCCGCCGCCAGGUCGUCCGUAGAUAGCGCGCCGCCCCGUACGGCGGCACGUCCACGACACAGGCGCGACGGAGCGACAGUGGAGGCUGCCGCCCUGUUGGGACUACGGCCAGUAUGCGCGGCCCCCGUCCGUGUCCAGUCAGGUGGCGGCCGGCGCGGGAGUGCAGCCACCGUCACCGCCUCAGCGUGAGCACUGAUUCGUGUUUGCACCGGGGACGCGACUCAAGAGUCCAGUCUUGGUCGGGAUAGUGUAGUGUAUUGCGAAUAAACGGUACCCACACGACUGCUGCUGUGCCUGGCUGGUGCCGCUGGGCACGUGCGUCCACUGUCUGGGAUCACCGGACAGGCGGCGCUCCUCAGCCAGCACCGGGCGCUCCGUCUUUUUCGCUGUUUUUCAUGCGUUAGAGAAAGCAAAGAAAAAAGAUAAAAAAACGCGUCGAA